AUGGCGACCCCCGAGCCAGAUCAGCAACCACAUGCGACUCCGCCCAUGGAGAUGAACGCCAUGGAGACAGAGAAGCAUACCCCAUCCGCCAACCAUGAAGAACAACCCGACGAUGCCGUCGUCGGCCCGUCCUGGAUGUACAAGCCGAUACUUAAGAUCGGCAAGUGGCAGGCGCCCUGGUUCGCAUCGCCGGAGACACAACUGGUCCUCGUCUCAUUCGUCUGCUUCCUCUGUCCUGGCAUGUACAAUGCCGUCAGUGGACUGGGUGGCGGUGGCCAGGUCAACGCGACUGAUGUGAACAACUCGAAUACCGCGCUAUACAGUACCUUUGCCGUUGUCGGCUUCUUCGCUGGAUCCAUUGCCAAUCGGAUUGGUCUUCGCUUGACCCUGUCGCUGGGCGGCUUCGGGUAUUUCCUCUACGUUGCGGCGCUGCUCUCAUAUAAUAUCAACCAGAAUGCGGGCUUCCUUAUCUUCGCCGGCGCACUACUGGGUGUCUGCGCCGGUCUUUUGUGGUGCGCGCAAGGUGCCGUGAUGAUGAGUUAUCCGCUGGAGCACGAGAAGGGAAAAUAUAUUGCGAUCUUCUGGGUCAUCUUCAACCUGGGUGGUGUCAUUGGCAGUCUGGUCCCUCUUGGCCAGAACAUGCACAGCAGCGCCGGAAACGUGAACAAUGGCACCUAUAUCGCGUUCCUCGUCUUGAUGGCCGUAGGUUUCGCUCUCUGCUGGGGUCUCGCCGAUUCCAAGUACAUCAAGCGAAAGGACGGCUCGCGCGUGAUCGUGAUCAAGAACCCAACCUGGAAGUCCGAAUUCCUCGGUCUCUGGGAGACUCUGCUGAGCGAUUCUUAUAUUGUGCUCCUCUUCCCCAUGUUCCUGGCCAGUAACUGGUUCUAUGGAUACCACUUCAACGCGGUCAACCUGGCGUAUUUCACCGUUCGCACUCGUGCCCUCAACAGUCUCCUGUACUGGCUGAUGCAGAUGGUUGGCGCCUUCGUCUUCGGCCAGCUUUUGGAUAUGAAGUGGUUCUCGCGCCCAGCCCGAGCCAAGAUCAACUUUGGCAUUCUCUUCGCUAUCACUAUGGGCAUCUGGGGCGGUGGUUAUGCCUUCCAGACCCGCUACACCCGCGAGACCGUGAAAGCCGAUAUGGAUUUCAUGGAUAGCGGUUAUAUCGGCCCGAUGUUCUUGUACAUGUUCUAUGGAUUUUACGACGCCUCGUUCCAAACCUGCACAUACUGGUACAUGGGAUCUCUCUCGAACAACGCCCGCAAGCUUGCCAACUUCGCCGGUUUCUAUAAGGGUAUCCAAUCUGCUGGUGCAGCUGGAAUGUGGCGCCUGGACGCCGUCGAAACCCCUUAUAUGACUGAAUUCGCUUCUUGCUGGGGUCUCCUCCUUGGCAGCAUGCUGAUCGCUACCCCCGUCGUCUUCAUGAAGGUGAAGGAAAGCACUGACGUCGAAGAAGACCUCCGUUUCUCUGACGAAACCACGGCCGAUGUCCUCGGCCACUCGGCCGAGGGGUCCGAUAUUUCAGAUAAGCCUCGUGCCAGCGAGGAUGCCUCAAACAGGGCAUGA